UACGACUUCGUCCAACACUACAUUUGCAAGGUUGAUGAUGAUGAUGAUGGAGCCUUUUCAAUUCAUAGAUCUGGCUCAUAUAUAAACCCGCCUCUUUUCUAUGUGUAUACAAAAAAGUAGGUUCUCUGAAUUUUUAUAAUUAUUCUCAACUGAUUCUUGUCUUAUGAGAAGUGCUUUUUAGGCUGACUGCAUUUCUUUUUUAGUAAUAUAUAGCAUACUUGCCUCCCUUCCCUUUAUUCUCUCUUUAUUCUUUGUCUGUCUUUCAAUUUUUUAUUCUUAGAGAACAAUCCCACUCCUCCUCUUCUCCUCCUUCAACAACAAAUAUUUCUUGCUGUAUGGAGGAUCAUUGUUCCGAGUUGGAAACCUUCAUGCAGCAGCGAAAGAUGCCAUCUCACUUUCCUGUUGAAGAUGUAUCAAAGUCUUUUAAUAAUACUCAUCUGUGGGGUGCUAGUUUUCAUGAUCAUAAUAAUGGAUCCGAUGAUGGUAGAAUAGAAUUCAGAUCAUUACCCUUUUUCGAUAGACUAACUUCUACCCGCCUUUCUGAGCCUUCUUCUUCAACUUCUGGUUAUAUGAUCCCUGAACAUAACAAUAAAACUACUACUACUGUCACCCAACAAGGUUCUGCCCUUGAUUUUACAUUUCCGAGAGCCUCUACUUUUGUCAAUUUCUUCAAGUCUUCUGCACCUGCAGAUAAGCUGACUCAGUCCAGACUUCCUCAAACAUCAUCUGAACCAUCUCAUUCUGUUUCUGCAGCCCAUAUUAACCUCUCUGAUUUAACCUUGUUUUCAAAGGAAGCGAAGAUUAUGGAACCCUACCUCAGCAGGGUGGAAACAGUUGGAAGUAGCUCCCAAGAUGCUGUAUUGUCUGAUCCAUUGCUACAGUGUGGCCAAAGUCAAUACCUACCUGCUGGACAUAAUCGAUGGCUGAGAAUGAGUGAGGAUUUGUCAUCAAAAGUAGUCAGUACUGAGUUUAGGCUCAGUCCUACCAAGACACAGGCAAUGAAGAAGUCCAGCGGGAGAAGGCUACAGGCCUUGCUCCAUCCUCACAAGAGCACAUCAUCAUCAACAACAACAUCGGGGAAGUUGUAUAGGGGAGUAAGGCAAAGGCACUGGGGAAAGUGGGUGGCAGAGAUCAGAUUACCUAGAAACAGGACAAGGGUGUGGCUGGGGACUUUUGACACAGCCGAGGAGGCUGCUUUUGCUUAUGAUACUGCAGCUUAUAUGCUGAGGGGAGAAUAUGCGCAUCUGAAUUUUCCGGAUCAGAAGCAUCUACUUAAGGUGAACUCCUUAAAUGGAGCAACAGCUGCACUUCUUGAAGCAAAGAUACAAGCAAUAUCCCAGCAAGGUGGACUAAAGAAAUCUGUUGAUCUUCUUCCAGCGUCAUCCUUGCUAAUGAAUAACUUGGCUGAUCCAGAUUCAAUAAGUAGCAGCAGACCACUUUCAGUGAGGAAAGAGUGGCAAUUUGAGUUGGAUGGCAGAGUAGUAGGAACAUCUGAGAUGAUUGAUGGUAACAAAUUGAUGAGAAGCAGUGAAGCUUCAUGUGACCAUAGUGUUGAUGCACACGGUGUCCAGUUAAGUAAAAUGCCGUCCUUGGAUAUGGAUUCCAUCUGGGAUGCUCUUUUGAUUUCUGAUACUACAUAAACUCUUAAUUUUUAGUCCUUUUUUGUUACAGAAUUUUCUGUUUUCAGCUCAUCUUUGAUAGUCAGGCAGGUGGUUUCCACAUAUGACAUACGAUUUGUAGCAUAAUACGAUUAAUAUUCUAAAACUCAAUCAUAUCGGUCAGUUCCUUUUAUAAUAUGUUUAAUGAUACAAUGUAUUUAUAUAUAGUUUUGUAUGUAACUGACAAUUAGCUGGAUGGGUUGCGCUGUUUUGUAAAAAUCGAGUUGCAUGCGGUUGUUGUGAGAUAAAUGUAGGAGGAGGAAGGUAGAACUGAGGUGAGAUAUAGGAAAGAGUAGUUUGUGAGGAGAUUGGAAGGUAUGGAGUUAAUGAGGGGGCAUUCUGUUAAUACAGUUUGUUUGUUACUAGAGUUAAAAGGGAGGGGAAUGUUAGAGACAUAUGAUAUGAUAAAGCUUAUUUCAAGUGUUGGUGAGGUGUGGGGACUUUCAAUAGCAUGGCCCAUGCCCUGAUCAAGUCAAAUUUCUAACACAUUGUGGAAAUUGAAACAUGCUUGCGCUGCUAC